AACAGUGGCGUUACUUAUACUCCAAAGAAACAGUAUAACAUCCAAUAAACUACAAAAUGAAAGUUGAUGAUGUUGAACAAGAUUGGUUGUUUUAUCUUGCCCAACCAAAUAAAUUAUUAUCGGAUAUUGAGGGUCUAACUAUAUCACAUCAGUUGGAGUUGCUUAAACAAUCCUUAUCACAGGCUGAAAUAAGUGAAAGAAAAACUAGUCUCACUAAUUGUGAAAAUAAUUCAGUGGACAACUUCAUCGGAGAAAAUGAAACUAUGAAUCCUGAUGACAUAUUUGUCGAGUCGUCUAGGUUAUUCAAAAAGUCAAAAGUUUUGGAUAUAAUAUCCUUACAGAUUGCUGCUAAUCUAAAAUUCAAUCUAAAUCUUUUUCGAGUCAUAUCAGAAAUGCCCAUUAAGCUUCUUGCACGUCUCUAUAGAGUGCUCGUCAUGAGUACUUCAAGAUUUUCAUCAGUUUUACAACAUCUGUUUGAAAAUGCGAUAAAUAAAGAAAAUAUUUUCAUUAUAAAUCCUUACGGAUACUAUAGAUGGUCUCAGUUAAAUCCUAUGACAAUUUAUGGUUUAAUGUCUUACCAUAUAUGGUGCCUUCAUGUAUGUUUGUGAAUUCACAUGAUAUUAAUAUAGUUUAGGUAUCUCAUACAUCCAGUAUGCUGCCACAUCCCUUUCGAAAUCUUACUCCUAUUGUUUCUGGUUUAACUGAAAUUCCUGAGGUGGCGUUUUUUGCGGAUAAUCGCGUGGAAGUUGGCGUUGUUCUCACUCGCAUACAAGAGUCUGUAAAUCAGCUAAACGAAAUCAACAGUCUUUUGGAUGAUCUCAACAUAGCUAGACCUCUUCCUUCAGUGUUUUCAGCGCUGAAUUCCAUGUUUCCUACAGUUUUUGAACCAAAGAUUAAGUCUGCUCAGGAUGAUCAGAACCAUAACGGUCUAUCAGAUUUUGUUCUUAAUAACUCUAUACCUCUCUCUAAAAGCUAUCUUUCUGCAUCGCUUAACUUUGUACUCGGAAGGUAUGCCUUUCAGCAGCAACAGUUUACUCAAUCACAGAAACUUUUUCAAAUCGCUUAUGAUGAAAUGCAAGAUCAAAAGUUUGAAUAUUUAGAUGAAGCAGGAGCUACACCGAAAUUACUACAGGCUUAUUUAAGUGCUUGCAAAUCAUACACAUCUUCAGACUGUAUUGCAAACGAAUUUUCACUUUUCCAGUCUGACAAUCAAUUUUUAGAAACAUUUUGUCGUUUAUUAGAAGUAAAUACAUCAGAUUCUCAUCAUAAAGAUUCAAUCAAUAUAUUUUGGAUUCAACCAUUAGAUACAUCUAGUACAACAUCCGUCAAUAUGGAAUCUAAAGUUUGUAGUGGAUUACUUACUACCAUAGAAGAUCAUCUUUAUCAAGUUUUACUGAAUGUGGACCAAUUUUUCAUUGAUGAUUCAUCUAAUCCAUAUAUUCCAAUUAGUUUAGGAGUUCGUAAUAAAUUAGAAAGUUUGUGCUUAAAACAACUGCAUAAUUGUAUUAGUUUACUUGAUAAUACAAACGAUACUGCACGAAAUAUGCCUUCUACAAAACAAUCAAAGCAUACUAAGAAGUUAUUAUCAAAUGAUAAAAUGUCAAUUUUUAACGCAGUUCAUCAACUAUUCACUAAGGUACAUAUAUGUAAUACGGUUGACCGACUAAUGUUUGAAUCUAUAGAACUGCCACUUUCAUUAUCAACUGAAUUGUUAAUGAAUAUUCCGGAGAGAAAUUUUGAAAGUUCAACAAAAAAAGAACACAGGUCAUCGUCUUCAUCAUCAUCAUCAUCAUCAUUUUCUCCUCCAUUUAUCGAUGUAAUAAUUGGACGAGAAUUUCUGUUUGAUUGUUUAACUUCUAUAAUGGAAAAGCUGUCUGCUAAAAAUUCGAACUUAUCAUCUUCAUCUCAAUUUAUUGUUAUAUGUCAAUAUGUAAGAUAUUUGGUUCAAGAAGGGAUUUGUUUACUUGGUAAUUUAGUGCAUAAACCACUUCCUAAAUCGAAUUAUGAGUUAAAUUCAAUACAAAAGAAUUAUCAAGAUUUAUUAAAAACACUUGUAUCACAUAAAUUGAUGGAUUUCUUACCAGAAUCUUGUGGAAAAUAUAUCCAGUCUAUUUUCCAAGCAGUAAAUUCUGCAAGUUCGUCGGAAACGGAAGUAAACUCCAACCCUAUUUGUGCCUUUAUUCCUGACCUUCUUUCUGACCUACCUAAUCUAGAUAUUGAUCUUGAUUCGAACUUAUAUCAAAUUGAUUCGGAUGGCUUAAAUUCUCUGGGACUUGGAUUCUGGGCAGACUAUGAGGUAUAUCAAAAUACUGCAUCGUUCAGACAACAGGUACCCAGAGGCGGAUCCCCAUUUGGGAUUGUUGGUGAUGUGGAUAUGCGCAGCUUAGCUAAUCAGCAUCAGUCUCCAUCAACAUCAUUUCCUCAUAUGUCUAUUCCACAAUCCCGUGUAACUGGUGGACAUGGACCUUUUGUUCAUCAAUCACUUCAAACUUUUACUAGAGAAAACCCACUUGUAUGCGAUCUUCAAGUAAUACGUCAUCUUUUAAUAACAAGAAAUCCAACCGAUGUAAAUAUGUCAGUCGAUUAUCUAUUAAGGUCAGGUAUGACACCAAAUGGAAUUUUAGAAUUAAAUGGUUCGUGGCUCCCAUCUUUACAUUAUUUAGCUUCACUGGAGAUAGUCGGACCACAUCCUAUCAAUGAGAACAGUUCAACCAAUCCAAUCGAUUUAUUGCUAUCAUCAUCCGGAAAUAUUAUGUGGGGGAUUACAGUAUUAAUACAAUUGGCUAAAGGUUCAUCCAUAAUUCGUCAUGAAAUGUCACCAUUCACAGGAGCUAGGGCUUUUCUACUUGCUGCUUUAAAUAAUCUGGCGUCAAUUAAUCCUAUCGUACCGCCUCCAUCGUCAUCAUCUGUUAAUCAUGUUACAACAACAUCCGGUCAUGUAGUUGGGAAACAAUCACGUCCGUGCGAUGCUUUUCAAUGGAUUCGUGCUGGUAUCAGACAUGAAUUAUUAUUGGUUGACUUACUGGAAUUCUUGAAUCCAUCUUCAUUUAAUAAUUUCGGUGGAAAUAAUAAUCAGUCACAUUCAAUUACAAAAUCAACUCUUCAUCCUGGACAAGUGUCAUUAAAUGAUCUAAUUAGACGAGUUAAAAUUUGUCUGUGUUAUGCUGCUGGUUUAUCAUCAAAUGCGAAUUCUUUAGAAACAAAAAUGGAAUCCAUGAACUUGAUUGCUUUGUCUAAGGAGUUAAUUGCUGCAGCCACUUGUUUCUUGUUAAUGGUCAAAGAAUGUGAUUUCUUGUAUCCCAUGUCAAUUCCAUCAAAAUCUAUUUCACUACCUUCCGGAAGUAUUUCAUUUUGUGUCGCAUGUGCUGGUUCCUUAGAUUUGAUUCGUAUUCUUUUACAUUUUCAUGAAGUAUUACAUUCAUCAUCAGUGUCUCAUGAAAGUUCCAAUUCAACAACCACAUCAUCAUCAUCAUCAUCAUCAUCAUCAUCAACAACAACAACAACAACAAACUCCCAUGUAAAUUCAGAAAAACAAAAUUCUAACCAUUCAAUCAAAAACAUUUUAAGCGCUACUGUUAAAUUUGGUAAUGCAGAUAGACUAAAAACUGUUAUAAAUGAAUUUUAUGGAUUAAUUAUUCAUGGAUGCCUUGUCUCUGCAAAUAAUUCUAUAGAUACAAUAAAUAAUUUGGCAUUAUCUGGAUCGGAACAAUCCGUGCUACAACAACAACACCAACGUAGUUCUCGAAAUUACCAUCCAGAUACAUUAUCUAAUCGUUCUGGGAUCAGUUUGUCUAGUUUAUACAUUAUAGGUGAAAUGUUAGCAACAAUAGAUGAAAUUUCACUUUUAAUGUCUACUGUUGGACUUAAAUUUCCUUUAGAUAAUAAACGUAUACUUUCUAAUUAUUCAUUUAUUGGAUUACAAUUAUUAGAUUAUUUAAUAAUUGGGUUUGCUCAAAUUACACAUCAAAUUUGUGGAAAAUUUAAUUUACAAAUUUUAGAACAAAUAAUUAAUUGUUUUAAUACAGUUAAUAAUGUAGAAAAUAUAAAAAUUAAUGAACAAGUGAAUGAAGAUACAUUAACUACAACAAAAGGGACAACUACUACCAUCACCACCAGUGUUACUAAUACAUCUACUGAUUCACAGUCUACUACUAGAUUUCGAUCUUCUAGAUGGGAUAAACCAAAAGAUAAUUUAUCCACUACUAAAAAACAUAAUAAUAGUAAUAAACGAUAUCAUUCUGACAGUCAUGAAUGUGUGUCGUUUCUAGAUAAACAACUGUGGAUUUUAGACUUGGAAACGAAUUCUUCAGUAAGUCUGUUUAUAUACAUGUUAUAUUUAUAAUAGAUAAUUCGAUUUAUAUGAUAACUCAUUUAUAUACUGAAUACAAGUUUAUAUAAUUGGCUUAAUGACAUAAUUUUUCUUCGUGUGUGAUGUAAUUAAUGUUAUUAUUGUCUAGCUAUGGAUUGAAUGUUUAAUUUUUGACGUAGGCUUUGGACUUCCGUUGUUUUAGCUAGAAAGCUACAGUUUUAUAAAGAAAUUUGACUCUUGUAUUCCAGUUCUCAGUGAAUGCAGCAAUUAAUAUUGUCAUUCAUGAAAUACUUAUAUUUAUUUUGCAUACAAGCUAGUUACCAAAACACUUGUCAUAGUACUGCGUAAAACAAGUAAAACUUAAUCGUUCAUAAUUCAUCUCAUUCUAUAACGUAAAUUGGUGCAAUUAGUACAUGAGAAAGGAAAUUUACAAGUUAUAUAAUGAACUGAUCUUAGUUAGAUAACCAGCACGAAUAUGGAAGCACUGGACAGUCGUUUCGUUUUUGUAUGAAAUUUCUAAACAGUAUGAGUCUACUGGGGAUCAGACCCGAGACUUUCAAAUCUUGCGGUGUGUGCUUAAUCCACAGUCUAUCAAGUUAGCAUCCAAUGUUACACGUAUUUAACUUUAAUCACUAUCGUGGUAGAAGUGUCUAACGUUUCUCUGACUGAAAUCAGUCCGUGAAGUAAACUAUCAAAUUCAACCAUCUCCAUAAUCUCCCUACACUAAUGGGGAAUUUAGUCAAUGAGAAAAAAUGGAGAAUAAAGCGCAUACUAAAUAGUAAGGAAAAGUAGAAUAAGAAGAAUAACUCCAGAAACCAAUCAUACUUAUCAAAAGAGUACAAUUUCCGUUGAUUAUCACAGGAUUCAUCAAAGUCAAACUGAGUCAGAGUUGUGGGUAUUUAGAGGUAAGAUUAGAAUAAUUAAUGGUAUUUGAUAUAUUGUAUCGAAAAGAUAUAGUCGAAUCUGUCCAAGACUCACUUUAGCGGCUACAAGUUCGCCGGCACUUAAAGACAUGACGAUCGUGAACCUAUGUGAAAGGUAGUCUUUUGUAAUUAUAAGUAAUAAGUAAAGCCAUGAAUAAUGUAUGCAGUAACUAUUAUUUCAAACAAACAUCAUAAAAAUACAGUUAAGUGCUCUAGUGAUUAUCAACCCAUAAAAUAUAAACAAACAAAUUUCUUAUUUCUAAUAGUCUUUUUGGUAAAAGUACACUACGGAGACUACCUUGAACAACCCAUCAAUCUAUUAGAAGACAGAGUUUAGUUCUGAAACAAUUAUAAGUAAAAAGUAAUAACAUUACGGUCUAUAAGACGUUUUAAAAGGAUUAGUGGACGUAUCAGAGAAGACCGAAAUAUUCCUCGUCAAAGCCCCUAGACACCCAGAAACGUCAUGAAAUUUUAUAUCCAGUCAGCGUUGAAUAGAGUCUUUGCAGAAACAUUCAGAAAAUGCAGAAUCACGUCCCACGGUUUUGUUUGGAAAUUUACCUACGCUGCUGCCAUAUUUAAUGUGGUUCCAGAAGUCCUAGGUCUCAUAUGACUGUACAUACCCUCAUUUUUCUGUACACAAACUAACCUUGAAUUAAAGUUUUAUUUGCAAUUCUUACCCUCUCUCUAAUGUUUCAGUUAACAUGGAGAAUUAGUUGGAGUUAUCAAAACCAGCCAAGAAGACAGUUUAGAUGUAUUGGUGUCAAGAUUUAUCUGAACCCAGACAUAUGGAAUUAUAGAUAAUCACAAACGAAAAAUGUUAAAUUUGGGAGUUGGUUAGUUUGCGAAUACUUUUUAGCUGCCCAAACCACUGUUGACUAUGUUCUAGAACUCAUCGAUUACUAGGGUCAUUAAUUAAUUAGCAUUCUGGAUGCAGUCUGCACAAAGAGCCGAUGGUUUUGGUAUAGUGUCUUACAUAACACGUCACAUUAGUCGGGUGUGGUUGCACAUUUGAUCGUCUUAAUAAUUAAAUAUCGACAAUUAUUAUCUACCUGUUCAUAAGGUACAAGCUAUCCGAUCGUGUUUUGAAUUCACGCGAGGGUUCAGGAAGUGCUGUCUAGUAUCUUGUCGGUUUGGCGAUGUAGUGUAGUUUUACUGUCUUAACUUUUUCUAAAAGAUACACCAAUUUUUGUAAUUACAUUUAUAUUUAUAGAUCUGUGGGAAAUCGUUAUGUGAU